UGACUUCGAAUACCGGCAGCCAGAGGUGUCACAGCCCGAGUGGACGGCUUUCUUCCUUGGCACUUUAAAGGCAGUAACAGAGAAGAAUUUUGAAACAAAGGAUUUUCGAGCCUCUCUAGAGAAUGGUGUUCUGUUGUGUGAUUUGAUUAAUAAGCUUAAACCUGGUGUCAUAAAGAAGAUCAAUAGACUGUCCACACCAAUAGCAGGUUUGGAUAAUAUAAACGUUUUUUUGAAAGCUUGUGAACAGAUUGGAUUGAAAGAAGCCCAGCUUUUCCAUCCUGGGGAUCUACAGGAUUUAUCAAAUCGAGUCACUGUCAAGCAAGAAGAGACUGAUAGGAGAGUGAAAAAUGUUUUGAUAACAUUGUACUGGCUGGGAAGAAAAGCGCAAAGUAACCCCUACUAUAAUGGUCCAUAUCUUAAUUUGAAAGCAUUUGAAAAUCUUUUGGGACAAGGUUUGACUAAGGUACUUGAGGACUCCGGCGGCCUGAAAAGAAGUGGCAGGGACAGUGGUUACGGGGAUAUCUGGUGUGCUGAGCGGGGAGAAUUUCCUGUUCCUCCAGGCAACCAUAAGAGAGAAGAUUCAUUUGAAAGCUUGGACUCUUUGGGGUCUAGGUCAUUCACAAGCUGCUCCUCUGAUACCACACUGAGGGGGGGACGGGAAGGUUUUGAAAGUGACACAGAUUCUGAAUUUACAUUCAAAAUGCAGGAUUACAAUAAAGACGAUAUGUCCUAUCGAAGGAUUUCGGCUAUUGAACCAAAGUCUGCUUUGCCAUUCAAUCGUUUCUUACCCAACAAGAGCAGACAGCCGUCCUACGUGCCUGCGCCCUUGAGGAAGAAGAAGCCGGACAGACACGAGGACAACAGGAGGAGCUGGGCCAGCCCCGUCUGCGCGGAAGCCGAUGGGACGUUUCCGAGUAACGAGAGGAGAACUUGGGGCACAGACACGGAGAACUGGCCAACAGUACCAGGAACUUCAAACUACUUAUGUUACCUGGAGGAGGAGGAAGAGACAAGCAUACCCAACACCGUAAAGGAUGAUCUAUAUGUACGAAAGCUAAGUCCCAUCGUGCCAAACCCAGGGAAUACUUUUGAUCAGUUUCUUCCCAAAUGUUGGAUCCCAGAAGAUGUGAACUGGAAAAGAAUAAAAAGGGAAACUUAUAAACCAUGGUAUAAAGAAUUUCAGGGAUUCAGUAGAAGGAAGCCAGACUCUGAGGAGGAGGAUUCAGGCUCUGACUUUUUUAGUAGGAUACAGAAAGCAGAGCAUAGGCUAGACAGCCACUGCCAAAGACGUUCACUCUUGAUGGAAAUAGCUACCAGACGGGCCAGGAACGCAAGGGACACCCGUGCGGCCGGGAGAGCCCGUGGUGCUUCGGAUGAGCCCAGUCCAUUUUUAUUACUUCAGGCCCUCCAAACAUAUUCUGAUGACAUCUUAUCUUCUGAAACAAAUACCAAAAUUGAUCCCACUGCUGGCCCGAGGCUCAUAACUCGCAGGAAGAACCUCUCUUAUGCACCAGGGUAUAGAAGAGGCGACCUGGAGAUGUCAGCCCUUGAUCCUGACCUAGAGAAUGAUGAUUUCUUUGUCAGAAAGACUGGGGCUUUCCAUGCCAAUCCCGGUGUUCUCCAGGCUUUCAGUGAUUUCAGAAGAUUUUCCCAGUACGAUGAUCCUGUAGAGCGAGAUAUAAUUCUGCAGUGCAGAGAAGGUGAACUUGUACUUCCAGAUCUAGAAAAAGAUGACAUGAUUGUUCGCCGAAUUCCAGCGCAGAAGAAAGAGGUGCCUCUAUCCGGGGCCCCCGACAGAUACCAACCAGUCCCUUUCCCUGAUCCCUGGACUCUUCCUCCAGAAAUUCAAGCAAAAUUUCUCUCUGUACUUGAAAGGACAUGCCCUUCCAAAGAAAAAAGUAUCAUUAAUAGCUGUAGAGUAUUAGUUCCUUCGAAUCGGCAGAAGAAGGAUGACAUGUUGACUCGUAGGAUCCAGUCUUGGAAGCUGGGAACAACCGUGCCUCCCAUCAGUUUCACCCCUGGUCCCUGCAGUGAGGCGGACUUCCAGAAGUGGGAGGCCAUCCGGGAGGCCAGCAGGCUUAGGCACAGGAAACGGCUGAUGGUUGAGAGACUCUUUCAAAAGAUUUAUGGUGAGAAUGGGAGCAAGUCCAUGAGCGAUGUCAGCGCAGAGGACGUGCAGCACUUGCGUCAGCUGCGUUACGAGGAGAUGCAGAAAAUGAAAUCGCAAUUGAAAGAGCAAGAUCAGAAAUGGCAGGAUGACCUUGCAAAAUGGAAAGACCGUCGAAAAAGCUACACUUCAGAUUUGCAGAAGAAAAAAGAAGAGAGGGAAGAAAUUGAAAAGCAGGCCCUCGAGAAAUCUGACAGAAGCUCCAAGACAUUUGAGGAAAUGCUGCAGGACAGGGAAUCCCGAAAUCAGGCGUCUGCAGUGACCUCGAGGAGGAGAAUGUAUUCUUAUGAGGAUGAACUGAAUGAAGACAAGCUUCCCCCGACACUGACUAUGUCAGAAGCAAGUCACCAGAGUGAGAGAGUAGAAGAGAAGGGAAAGACUUACCCUGCAGAAAUUCCUAAGCAAGAUUCUACAACGUUUGUGAAAAGAGAGGACACUCUAACAGCUGAAACGCAGCUUCCUUCCCGAAGCCUCGCGGAAGAACAACGCCCAGCCUCUCUGGCUUCUCAGCCUUCACUGACUACACAAAUGGAGUCGACUCGAGUUUCAGCUUCUCUCCCCAGAAGUUACCAGAAAUCUGAUACAGCUAGGUUAACAUCUGUGGUCACACCGAGACCUUUUGGCUCUCAGUCAAGGGGAAUCUCAUCACUCCCAAGAUCCUACACGAUGGAUGACGCUUGGAAGUACAAUGGACACAUCGAAGGCUUUAAGAGAAGUCAGUACAGUUCGGUCAGCACCUCUGUGCAAAAACCUGACCCAAGCCAGCUCCCUCCCAGCACCUUCGGCGAAAGAGAAGCAGCAACAUCAGAAGAGGGUGUGAUGAGGUUGCGCUCUCCUACACCCCCCAUCUCAUCUCUUUCCCAGGACCAGGCUGCCAUGUCUCACACUACAUUGUCUGUAGUAUCUGGCUCCAAUGUAAUGUCUGAGCUUGGAGAAGGGAGAAGCUCACCACAGACAGAGGUCUCAAGGUCAAAGGAUCAGUUCAGUGAUAUGAGAAUCAGCAUAAACCAGACGCCUGGGAACAGUCUUGACUUUGGCUUUACAGUAAAAUGGGAUAUUUCCGGGAUCUUCAUAGCAUCUGUCGAAGCAGGUAGCCCAGCAGAAUUUUCUCAGCUACAGGUAGAUGAUGAAAUUAUUGCUGUCAACAACACCAAGUUUUCAUACAAGGACACAAAAGAGUGGGAAGAAACCAUGGCUAAUGCUCAAGAAACUGGAAACCUAGUCAUGGAUAUCAGGCGGUAUGGAAACUCUGAUUGGGGCAAAGACCAGCCUUCCCUGCCAUUUACACGGCAUAAAACCCUCAAUCUCACCAGUAUGGCUACCAAAAUUAUAGGUUCACCUGAAACAAAAUGGAUUGAUGCAACCUCUGGAAUUUACAACUCAGACAGAUCUUCAAAUCUAUCAAUAAUGACUGAUUUCUCAGAAAGCCUCCAGAAUUCUAAUACUGAGUCCAAGGAAAUCAAUGGGAUCCGUGAUGAAAGCAAUGCUUUUGAAUUAAAAGCAUCUGAACCUAUUUCUUUGAAAAACUUAAAAAGGCGAUCACAAUUUUUUGAACAAGGAAGCUCUGACUCUGUGGUUCCCGACCUCCCAGUUCCAACGAUCAGCGCCCCCAGUCGCUGGGCCUGGGAUCAAGAGGAGGAGCGGAAGCGGCAGGAGCGGUGGCAGAAGGAGCAGGACCGCCUGCUGCAGGAAAAAUAUCAACGCGAGCAGGAGAAACUAAGGGAAGAGUGGCAAAGGGCUAAGCAGGAGGCUGAGAGAGAGAAUUACAAGUUCUUGAAUGAGGAGCUAAUGGUCCUAAACUCAAACAGCAUCGCUCGGACCACACGGGAGCCUGCUGUUGCCACCUUGGAAGCCACCUGGGACGAAGGGUCCAAGUCUUCCGACAGGGAAGGAACCCGAGCAGGAGAAGAGGAGAGGAGACAGUGGCAAAAGGAAGGUGUGAAUGAAGACCAAAGAAAGAAGCUGCAGGAACAAUUCACUCUUGACAAAGAGAGAGAACUGAAGGAGCAGCAAUAUCAGGAGGAGCAGGAAGAGAAGUGGCGCCAGGCGGAGGAACAGAGGCGCCAGGAGGAGGAACAGAAGCGCCAGGCGGAGGAAGAACAGAGGCGCCAGGCGGAGGAACAGAGGCGCCAGGCGGAGGAACAGAGGCACCAGGCGGAGGAACAGAGGCGCCAGGAGGAGGAACAGAAGCGCCAGGAGGAGGAACAGAAGCGCCGUGCAGAGGAACAGAUGCGCCAGGCAGAGAGAGAGAGGGAAACAUCAGUCAAAAUAUACCAGUAUAGAAGGCCUGUUGAUUCCUAUGAUAUACCAAAGGGCGAGGAAGACUCUUCAGGUUUGCUUCCUAGUGACAGGAAUAAAUCCAGAUCCACUACUGAGCUCGAUGAUUACUCCACAAAUAAAAAUGUAAACCAUAAGUAUUUAGACCAAGUUGGGAGCAGUAGCUCGUCACAGCGGAGCUCCAAGAAGGAGCAAGUUCCAUCAGAAGCGGAGCUGGAGAGGCAACAGAUCCUUCAAGAAAUGAGGAAGAGGACAUCCCUUCACAAUGACAACAGCUGGAUCCGACAGCGCAGUUCCAGUGUCAACAAAGAGCCCAUUUGUCUGCCUGGGAUUAUGAGAAGAGGUGAAUCUCUAGAUAACCUGGAGUCCCCAAGAUCCAGUUCCUGGAGACAGUCCCCUUGGCUCAGUCAGUCUACAGGGGUCUAUGCUUCUUCCUCCGUCCAAGACUUCAGCCGCCCCCCACCGCAGCUGGUGUCCACAUCGAACCGCGCCUACAUGCGGAACCCGUCCUCCAGCAUACCCCCUCCUUCUGCCGGCGCUGGGAAGCCCACCUCCGCACCUUCCCCCACUCCACGCAGCCAUUUCCCUGCAGCUUCACCCCCGGGCUCCCAGCCACGCAACAGGUCAGUCAGUGGGAAGCGCGUGUGCUCCUACUGUCAUAACAUUCUGGGCAAAGGCGCCGCCAUGAUCAUCGAGUCCCUGGGUCUUUGUUAUCAUUUGUAUUGUUUCAAGUGUGUUGCCUGUGAGUGUGACCUCGGAGGCUCUUCCUCAGGAACCGAAGUCAGAAUCAGAAACAACCAACUGUACUGCAACAACUGCUAUCUCAGAUUCAAAUCUGGACGGCCAACCGCCAUGUGAUGUAAGCCUCCACACGAAAGCACUGUUGCAGAUAGAAGAAGAGUUGGUUGCUGCUGAUGUAGA